CCAGGAAGGAUAAAUAAAACAAGUAUUUCGUACUGGUGGCAUGCAUACCAGCCACAAACAGGGAUCAGUUUUCGCCUAAACUUCCUUUUGUCUUAAUUGUCACAGGUUUACAUCAAAAAUACAAUCAUUUAUAUCACUCCUGAGCCAUGCGGAGUAAUUCGUUUUGAAGCUCAACAAAGGGCAAGCAGACUUCUGUGGGCGACAGUCGGACGGAUUGCGUGGCUAUGAAGUAAUGCGAGUGUAAGUAUCCGUAAUGAACGUGACAAGGCCCGGAUCAAUAAGCGGGGUUAUUUAUCGGCUAUCUAAGAUACAGCCACACUGUGAACAGGAAAAGAGUUCAACCUUAUCGGUCAAGCUUGGUAAUUAGAACCUGCCACCCACGAUGGCUUCAUGGCACCGCCGGGGCUCCUCCCCGCUCAUCAACAAUGAGCCGGCCCCCCUGACCUCAAUGGGCCAUGGGGCGUUAUUGUCCCUUGUCCGAAGCCGCUCGACGACGUCGCUGCAUGCGGUGCAGCGGCGAGACGAGGAGGACGCAUUAAUGGGCUCGGGUGAUCUUUAUGAUGACGAGUCGCAGCGCGUGGACAAGCGCCGCAUGAGCGCCAUCUUGAACGGUCCGCAGAUGCGCAGCAUGCGCCUGAUUGGGAAUACCAACCCGCGCUAUCGCUGGGACCGCUAUUGGAAGACGGAGGACCAACUGGCCCGCAUGAAGAAGCCACUGCGCCAGUAUUACGAGCGGACAAACUACCUCAUACAGCAAUACUUGUAUAUUGACAAACUGCUGGACUCGUCACUGCCGCAUGACCUGCUCAACGAGUACAACAAUGUGCCCGCCUUGGCGCCCCGAGGAGUCCAGAUCCUCGACACCAUGACCGAGGAGCCUUCUUCCUUGCCCCCGUCCGAUGGUGAAGCCUCGCCUACUCAUAGCUCGCACUUGGUUCCGCAUUCCACCAACACCACCAAGAAGGUGAACCGGACGCCCAGGAACAUCUACCAUCCCAAUGAGCUGACACCGCUCUUCUCGGGCACGGACGGGGACAACGACGACGACGACGACGAGGAUGGCCUCGACCCGAAGCCCGACAUCCCGUGGCUCGAGGACGAUGACGUCGACAGCGGCGACCGCAUCGUCACCCUGGCCAUCUACAUCAACUUCGCCGCGAACGCUGUCCUCCUGGCCGGCAAGAUCGCCGUCGUCUUUUCCGUCCCGUCCGUGUCGGUGAUGGCGAGCCUGGUUGACGCGGCGCUGGAUUUCCUCUCGACCGGCAUCGUCUGGGUGACCACGUGGCUCAUCAGCCACCACGACCAGUACCGAUACCCGACCGGCAGGCGGAGACUUGAACCGAUCGGCGUUCUGGUAUUUGCCGUCAUCAUGAUUACGGCGUUCGUUCAGGUGGCUCUAGAGGCGAUCCAGCGGCUCAGGUCGCCGGAUCACGAGAUAAUCGAACUGGGGAUCCCCGCCAUCGCCAUCAUGAUAGGCACAAUUGUCAUCAAGGGCAUGUGCUGGCUGUGGUGUCGCCUCGUCAAGAAUUCAAGUGUUCAGGCAUUGGCUGCUGAUGCGAGUACCGAUGUCAUAUUCAACACCGGUUCUAUAGCAUUUCCAAUUAUUGGAUUCUACGCACGAAUAUGGUGGCUUGACGCCCUGGGUGGCCUCCUCCUAUCUCUCGUGGUGAUAUUCACCUGGAGCCGGACUGCCUCUGAGCAUGUCAAGCAUCUGUCUGGUUUCUCAGCCACCCCAGACCAGAGACAAAUCCUCCUGUAUUUGACAAUGCGGUUCGCAAAGACGAUCAAGCAGAUCCAGGGCCUUCAGGCUUACCACUCAGGGGAUCGGCUUAAUGUGGAGGUCGACAUCGUCUUGGAUGCCAAUACAUCACUCAGGGAUAGUCAUGACUUGGGCGAGAGUCUACAGUACGUUCUAGAGUCUGUGCCAAUCGUGGAUCGGGCGUUUGUGCAUGUUGACUACGCCAGCUAUAACUUGCCUACACACAUGCAACAGCAUGUACCUAGGUAGGAUGGAAUGAAGAGAUAGCCAGGACGGGGCAUGG